AUCGCGUUUGUGCUGUUGGAAACAUGGCGAGCGACGUACCGCCAGGCGCUGAAUCUCAGCUGGAUUUUAACACAUGGACUCAUGGCGAGCUCCAGGCCAAACUUGCAGAGUUUGGAGCUCCUAAUAUGGGCCCCAGAGAGGAGCUCAUAGACAGACUGAAAGCAUAUGCUCAAUCUGGAAUGGUCUUGACUAGACCAAACAUUCCCGGAGGGGAGGACAAGGGAAUGACUACGAUGCCAGGUCUACCGCCAAUGCCCCCGAUGCCCUCCAUGCCCCUCCCACCAGGCAUGAACAUGAUGCAGGCCAUGAACAUGAUGGGAGGCCCUCCACCUAUUCACAUGGGCAUGGAGUCACCUGGCAUGAUGCAGCAUGAUGACAGACCUGCUCAGGGUGAUUCAAGAGUGAUUGAUGAGCAGAUGAAGGAACAGGAGCUCCUAGAGCAACAGAAACGGGCCGCUGUUCUACUGGAACAUGAAAGACAACAGGAACUUGCUAAAAUACAGCAGGGGGGUCCACCUGGCAUCAGAGGGCCUGAACUGGGACCUCGACCCAACCUCCUGCCCCCACUUCCCCCUCUCAGAGUUGGUUCACAGGGUGGCCUGCCCCCACCAGGUGUGUCUGCAGCAAGUCAGUCUUCAAAUCAGAGGCAGAAAGUCCCACCCCCUCCAGGAGAGGAUGCCAGAGAGGUGUGGCAGGGUGAUGAUCUUGGCAUCGGACCAAAGAUCCCACAGGCUCUAGAGAAGAUUCUGCAACUGAAAGAAAUAAGACAGGAGCAGCUCACCACUGCCCCUACAGAGGAGGAAGAUGACGACGAAAUGGACUUGAAGAACUCCUCUUCCCGUGCAUACUCUGAUGAGGAUGAUGAAAAUGCUCUUUCUAAAAAAGAGAGGAACCGCAAGCGCAGGAACAGAAAGAAGAAGAACAAGAAGAAGCAGCGAGAGCAGUCAAAGCAGGAGGAAGACAAGAAGACAGAAGAGAACCACGAGAAGGAGCCGGAGGUGGAGAUUGAGUACGUCACGGAGAACCUCGAGAUCUAUGACCCAAACUUUAUCUUCUUCAAAAGGAUCUUUGAUGCAUUUAAGCUGACGGACGACGUGAAAAAGGAGAAAGAAAAGGAGCCGGAGAAGCCUGAAAAGCCUGAAAUAAUUUCUUUUAAAAAGAAGGGAUUUGAGCUGGAGAAGAAAGAUAGUGAUGACAGUGAUGAGGAAAUCAAGAGGGACAUUCCUAAGAUGUCCAAGAAGAAACUCAGGAGAAUGAACAGACUCACAGUGGCAGAGCUCAAACAGUUGGUGGCCCGUCCUGAUGUAGUGGAGAUGCAUGAUGUGACUGCGCAGGAACCCAAACUGCUGGUCCACCUAAAGGCCACCAGAAACACGGUGCCUGUGCCACGUCACUGGUGCUUCAAGAGGAAGUAUCUCCAAGGCAAGAGAGGCAUAGAGAAACCACCAUUUCAACUGCCCGAGUUUAUCAAGAGAACUGGAAUCCAAGAGAUGAGAGAGGCCCUGCAGGAGAAGGAAGAUGCAAAAACCAUGAAGACCAAAAUGAGAGAGAAAGUUCGUCCAAAGAUGGGGAAGAUCGACAUCGACUACCAGAAGCUACAUGACGCCUUCUUUAAAUGGCAGAUCAAACCGAAGCUUACGAUACACGGUGACUUGUAUUACGAGGGUAAAGAGUUUGAAACGCGACUGAAAGAGAAGAAACCUGGCGAUCUUUCAGAUGAGCUGAGAAUAGCUCUUGGGAUGCCCACAGGACCCAACUCUCAUAAAGUUCCUCCACCAUGGCUGAUUGCCAUGCAGAGAUAUGGACCCCCACCCUCGUACCCCAACCUGAAGAUCCCUGGCCUUAACGCCCCCAUCCCUGAGGGGUGUUCGUUUGGGUAUCACGCUGGUGGCUGGGGCAAGCCUCCUGUUGACGAGACUGGAAAACCUCUGUAUGGAGAUGUGUUCGGAACAAACGCAGUGGACUUUCAGGCCAAAGCAGAUGAGGAAGAAGUGGAUCGUACACCAUGGGGAGAGUUAGAACCAUCUGACGAAGAAUCUUCUGAGGAGGAAGAGGAGGAGGAGAGUGAUGAGGAGAAACCAGAUGAAACUGGUUUCUUCACACCUGCAGACAGUGGGUUGAUUACUCCUGGUGGGUUCUCCUCUGUUCCUGCCGGCAUGGAAACUCCAGAGCUCAUUGAGCUCAGGAAGAAGAAGAUCGAAGAGGCCAUAGAUGGAAAUGAGACACCUCAGCUGUACACGGUGCUGCCAGAGAGGAGAACUGGACCAGUGGGAGCUGCUAUGAUGGGCUCCACACAUAUCUACGACAUGUCUGCGGCGGCAGCAGCGGCACGUAAGGUGGCACCAGGGAUGGGUGGAGACCUCCAGGGUGUAGAGGUGGCUCUGGCCCCUGAGGAGCUGGAGUUGGACCCCAUGGCCAUGACACAGAAAUACGAGGAACGUGUCAGAGAGCAGCAGGCCCAAGUGGAGAAAGAAGAUUUCAGCGACAUGGUAGCCGAACAUGCAGCUAAACAAAAGCAAAAGAAACGCAAGGCGCAGCCACAGGACACACGUUCUGGAGCAAAGAAAUAUAAAGAGUUCAAGUUUUAGCCCUACAGAGAGCUGUGAAGACCAUCCAUAUUCAUCCUUCAUUUUUGUCAUUUUUUUAACCGAUUAAAUGCUGUAGAUUCACCCUCUUGUUUGUAUGUGUAAACUUACAGCGAGCAACUUGUUCAUUUAUGGUCAAUGUUUUUGUAAAUAAAAUAUCAGUCAGUGA